CCAGCUCAGCAGGCAGCGCCACUGACACAAAGCUGUAGUACAGCAGAAAGCUCCCCACCUAAAUCUUUCCCCCAAUCCAAUUCCAAACACGCACCAAAGACAAGAUACCCGAAAAUUAUAUUACCCAAUAAAUAAUUAACAAAAUAAAAAUUAAAAAAAAAAGUUCUUCCUUCCUUCUCUUGCAGCUGAGCCGACAGAUAGAAGCCCUGGAAGUCUAACGCACACCCAAUUCAAUUCAUUUUCCCCCAUCUCCUCCGCCUUCCACUUCUCCGAUUCCCUCCGCCGCCGCCAAAAUGGACGAAUCUCCGAUGAACAACCUCCCACAGGAAACGCUCCACCAGAUCUUCUCCUCCCUCACCCUCCGCGAAAUCGUCGCCUGCCGAUCCGUCUGCAGAUCCUUCCGCCAAACCCUCACUUCCCCUUCCUUCAUCUCCCUCCUCCUCUCUUCCAAACCUCCCCUCUCUCUCAUCGCCCUCCGCCCUCCUCCCCACCUCCACCACCGCCACCACCACUCCCUCCUUCCUCCUCCUCCUCAGCCUUCUUUCCCCGCCUUCGACCCCACCGGCCGCCGCUGGCUCCGCUUCGACCUCUCCUUCCUCCCCUUCCGCUCCCUCCACCCCGUCGCUUCCGCCGCCGGCCUAGUCUACUUAUGGGCCUCCGAUCCCUUCCCCGACCUCACGGCUUCUCCCCCUUCCAACAGCAACAAAUCCCUCCUCGCUUGCAACCCUUUGACUCGCCAGUUCAAGGUCCUCCCCCAGCUCGGCUCCGCCUGGUCCCGCCACGGCGCCGUCCUGGUUGACUACGACAACCGCGUCAUGGUCCUGAUGGAGCCCGCCGCCCUGUACCUGCCCGAUAUCGCCGCCGAUUCAUGGGUAACUUUCGCUUCCAAUCUCCCUGCGAAACCUAGGAGCCCUGUUUUGAUCUCCAGCUCUGUUUUCGCCCUGUGCGAUGUUGGCUCCCCGUGGCGAUCUCAGUGGAAAUUGUUCACAUGUACUUUGAAUUUGAAUAAUUCGGUUCCAGUUCAUGAGCAAUUGGGUGUUGGUAGUGGGAGUGGGGUGUUCUCUUCGUGUUCCUCGAAUCAUAACAACUGGGUUUGCUUGGAGAAGCAUGAAUGGGCGGAUAUAUUCGAUCUCAUCAAGCGGCCUCGUUUGGUGCGUGGGGAUGGGAACAAGCUGCUGAUGAUUGGUGGGUUGAAGUCGACCUUCUCGUUGAACCCGUCUUGCUCGACCAUGCUGAUACUUAGGCUGGAUUUGGAGAAGUUGGAGUGGGAGGAAGCUGGGAGGAUGCCGCUGGAGAUGUACAGGUGUUUUCUCGAAUCCAGCAAGUUGAAGGUGUUUGGUGGAGGGGACAGAGUUUGUUUCUCAGCCAAAAGGCUUGGGAAAAUAGCGCUGUGGGAUGAUUCUGGAAGUGGGAAGGAAGGGGAAGGAGAAGGGGCGGCGUGGAGAUGGAUCGAUGAAGUGCCUGGUGGUGGAGAUGGGAUUUCCAGAGGGUUUACUUACGAUGCUCGGCUCACUGCAUUGCCUUGAUCGUUCGCGCGGUACGUGGUUCUGAAUUCGAGAGAUCUUUGUGUUUGGUUAUGUUUGUAUCUUUUUCUCUUGCUAUCCCUUCCCGAGUUUUGGAGGGGAGCUUUUUAUUACCACCACAUAGUGGUUUUGUGUUUCUCUGUUGUUUGAUCUGGUUGUGCAUUGAUUCUCUCAAGGAAUUCAAGCUUGAGCUUUUCGCAUAAUGUGAAGUGUUCAUGUAAUCGGUAUGCCAUGGCAUCAGCAGGCAUUCAAUUGGUAUACGGGUUGAAGAUUUGGUUUGCAUAGUUGGAUUAGACUUCAUACAGUGAUUGUGAAGAUUGAUGAGUUGUGUGUGAAGGUCGAACUCGUUCGUAUUAUCGAAUGAAAGUUUUAAGAUUUGUUUUGGGUAAUUGGAUUGGAGUGAUUGCAGUGUCAAAUGCGGUUUGUAUUAUCGAAUGAAAGAUCUUCAUGAUGAUUUGAAACUCUUAUUGUGAAUCGAUAUGCCGCCUCCAUCUGCCAAUGUGGUCAGGAAAUGCUGCUGCAUCUUGUGUUGGUAAAUGUCCUUGUGUAGUAGUUUCCAGCAUUGAACAUGAAGGUUGCUCCUUCUAAGGUAAUUGUCGAUGUACUCCUGCAAUAUAACAUUCCUUUUAUGGGUUUUUCAUGAGUGCAUUAUGUGCUGCUGCCUGCUGCCAGACUUCCGCCAACUAGUUCGAUUAGGUACUUGAGAUUCCCUAGAAUAAUGGUGUGGUUGGAGGAAAGACUUUCAGAACACAUUAUAGUUUCCAUAACUCCAUAAAUAUGCCGAGGAUGAUUAUUGGAAGAAGAAAAAAAUGAUCUUAACCACAAGAAAAGAGUUCUUUGAAAUGGAAGAAAUUAAGCAAAGAUAAACCAACUCACGCAAAUAUAUUCUUGUUUGAAUGUCCACAUAUUAUUUGAGUUUGUUUGAAUGUCCCGUUAAGCACCAUUAGAUCAUUUAAGGUCUUACCUCUUGGUGAUGAGAUUCUUACUACUUGGGACUACCUUUGAGCCAAAUUGCUAUGAUGAAUGGAUUUUCAUUAUGGUUUGUUAUUGAUAAUUAAAAUUUUGCUAAACUCGCAACGAUGGAUACCAAGACUUUACGGUUUAUUCCACUGGUCUCAACGUCGUUGGAUCCAUUGCGCUUCCCACAACCUUGCAAACCUGGCCACACUUGUUUAAUGGCUGGCAUGGAUAGUCCCACAACCUUGUUCUCCACUAAACAACGUCGAUUUUUAGUACCGCGGUUGAUUUCCACUAAACAACGACUGUGAUCUGCAAUAAUUAUUAUAAUUAAUUAAUUAUAUUAGCUUUUUGAAAUCAAUUAAAUGCAAAGAC